AUGAAGCCUUCAGUGAAGAAAAUCCCCAUUCUUUACAAAGGAGUGAAGAUGAGGAAAUGGGGAAGGUGGGUAGCUGAGGUUCGGAGGCAAAAUGGACGUAAUAGAAUCUGGCUCGGAACUUACAAUAAUGAGAACGAAGCAGCCCGAGCCUACGACGCCGCCAUCUUCUGUCUACAUGGCCCUUCCUGUUUAGAAUCACUCAAUUUCCCUGAUGACCCGCCGAGGAAUAUUUCAAAUAAUCCCAACACCUUCUCCAAUUCCCAGAUUCAGAUGGCGGCGGCGAAUCAUGCAUAUAAAGACGGCGAGGACGCCGUUGUUCCUGUUCGGGUCGUCGGGGAGGAGGACGUGAGUAAAGUCGAUGUCAUUCUUCGUAUUGGAAGAGGAGCUUAA